GGAUGCGCAUUGGCUGAGCCUGGCCAAUUUGCAGGUUAAUGGAUUCGGCCAAAGAGCCUCCGCCAAAGCCAGCAUGGCGGCAGCUGAGGAUGCCAAAGAUGCAGCAUUCUCUGAAGACGUCUCUGCCCAGGGUGCUCAGCCGUUAUGCGCAGAGUGACAAUGCGAGGAGGCGCGCAGUCAAAGGCGAGGUCACAGCCUUUGGAGUUGUGCCCGUUCCUUUUGCUUCCCCAGUGAGCACACCACGUUCCCGAAAGAAGAAAGAGGAGAAAGUACAAGAGGAAACUGAGUCUGGUGCUCUUGGGCAACUGAGGCACCUUUUCGAGCAGUCGCAGCAGUCGCCAGGUCGCUCCAGGCCGCUUUUGCAUUCAUCCAGCUCGUGGGUACUUCAAAGCCAAGAGAUCGUGAAGGACAAAAAGGGGAACCUGAAUCUGCCCACAUUUGCAAAUUGGCGACACAAACAUGCACGCUUGCGCUUCCCCCGCCUUGCCGAAAAAGCUGGAUACGAUGAGGAGCUGCAUCGGCGAACUGCGGCCCUAGCAGCAGGUCGGAGAAGAGACAUAGACUCAGACGAUGAAGAAGAGGAGCGAUUCUUAGACACAUUUUCGAACUGGAUUGGCAGCUCAGCUUUGUCGUUGCACUCCAGCCAGCGUGCUUUGCGCCAACGACGACUUGGUCCAAGCCCGCGACCGGCCAUUUUACGGCGACAGGAUGCCGUACCACCAGUCUCAAUUGGCACAACCUCAACGUUUCACAUCAGUGAGAUGGACAUGGGCCCAAUUCUUCCCAAUCCCAUGGAGCAAUCGACAACCAGCCUGUUUAGCGCUGCCUCUUCCAGACACCCUCCGCCGUCCACCUCGAGUUGGGCUCCUUCCAUGUCAGCCUCUUCACAGGCUGCGGUGGAUCGGAAGUGGUUAAGCCGGGUUGCUCCAAUCAGCUGCUUACCGUCCGGGGCCAACACCAGCGCUGUGCGAUCAGAUCUUCUUGACCAGGAGCGUCAGAGGCUAUCCUCCAAGAAGUCCGGACGGACCCUUCGCACACAGAAAACGAUUGCAACACUGGAUGCCUUGUCUCUGGUAGGAAGUGCGGGAGGGUACUUGUCUUUUGAGAACUGGGGCCUCACAGAUGACUACCUCGAGGCGCUGCUCGAGGCACACGAUGGCCUUGGUCAAGAGACGAAUGCUGCAGAUGUGCCCACUGGUUUAGUGGGGGUGAAGCACAUCCAUUUGGGUGGCAACUUGUUGACCGAACGCGGCUUGAAGGCCUUGGUUUCAGCAGAAGGCCCCACAGAGACCUUGAAGACAUUGACCCUCACAUCAAACCGACUUGGUUUAGAGGGCCGUCUCCUUUGUGAAUGUCUGUGGAAUCUGGAGCGCCUCACAGAGUUGGACUUGAGUUGCAACCCUUUGGGCGACAGCGUCACAGCCGAGCUCUGCAAGGCGCUUGUGCAAGGCUGCCCCCAGCUGCAAGGCCUUGGCCUUGCCAGGUGUCGAAUCGGCUCCCAAUCCACGACAGCAGUGGCGGGUGCUGCCCUGGGGCAUUUUGUAGCACAAUCCUCGACUUUGAAGGUCCUGGACCUCGCUUGGAAUGCCUUGCACGGUGAGGCCGCUGAGGCUCUACUUGAAGGCAUCUACGAUAACAACAAGGCAGCGGAUGCGCGAGAGAGUGGUGGCCUUCGAAGGUUGGGAAUUGCCUGGAACCGCCUUGGCAGCAAAGCCACCAACUCCCAAACCACGCGCUCGGCCAAGUUGCUAUGCAGUAUUUUUGAAGACUGCAAAGCAAUGUUCCAUAUGGACUUGUCCUACAAUGGCUUUGGUGCAGAGGAUUGUGCUGUGAUGGCAGCUGGCCUGGCUAAGAACCACACCCUCUUCGGUUUACAUUUGGUCGGGAAUGAGGCCACUGUCGAUGACUUUGGCUUCAUCGUCCCAUUCAAAGGUGGCAAAGUCUCGCCUGGAACAUAUGGAGACGACACCUCCUCUGUGCAUCGCUACCUUCGUUUGGCUGGGAUGCUGCAUGCAGUACCCAGGAAGCUGCAGCUGUCACACCCGACGGACAUUUCUUCAUCUGGUGAGGCGUGCAGACCCAGCACUGGGAUGAGGUUGAACCCCAGUCUUCUUUUUGGGGACCAGAGUCCUAGCGCUGUGCGGAGUAUCUCCACUGCGCGUUUGCCAUCAGCCUCCAAGGAUCGCUUGGAGGCUGAGAACAACUGGGCCCGCGAGAAAUGCCGUGUGCAUGCCAUUGGAGUGUCCUUGGAGGAGGAAGCAGAAGCUCAGCAGUUCAAUGCCAAGUGCUGUUGGAUUUGCGAGAAUUGGUGUGAGUACAGGAUGACCUUCUCCAAGAAGACGGGCAAAAGUGAGGCGAAAACAGUCUAUGCGCUCACUUCUUUGGAUGGGUUCAGCCAGCCAAUACAACUGAAACAGCUUGGGAACCAAUGGUCAGCCUCCAAGAUGCUUCCACCAAGCCUCUCAGCAGUGGAGGUGAUUUUCAUAGUUGAUGGGAAGUUGGAGAUCUCAAAUUCUCAUCCUGUCCGCAAUCUAAUAGCAAAAAAGACCGUGAUACUCACACCCGACAUUUUUGGUGUCAACGAGGAGCAAGGCUCAGUACCAAACGUGGUUGAGACUGAAGCUGUGAACACCAUCAACGCGGGCUUUUCCGCCAUCCAGAGACUGCGCCUCGGGGAGCCUGCGGCGUUGUGCAUCCUUGAGAGUGCAAAUGAUCGCAGCCAGGUGGAAGUGCUACCUCGACAGAUCCCGGAGAAGUUGGUGGUUGCCAAGACGGAGGCCAAGACGAGGGUGGCCUGGACCUUCGAAACUUCCACUUUCAGGCACUACCUGAGGGACCUCAAGAGCAAACCUGAUGAGUGCUUUGACCGGGACUGGAGCCUAUGUAAGGCGCAGCAGCUUAUCAAGAACGAGUCUACUCGGCGGGAGCUUGCUGGCAUGCUUCGGCAUGAAUACAUGAAGUGGAUACUGGCUUUUUGGUAUGCUGCUAUGAUAGACUUUCAGUCUCAUCGCUAUGCAGUCGGCCUGUCGUGCAACUCCUGGCGAGAACUACUUCUCCGAACUGAAGGCUCUAGCGCGGUUUUUCUCAUCGAUGAUGUCUCCUGCAAGAGCAGCGACCUUGACUGUAUUUAUGUCGCAGCCAACACGCUGGACAAGGACAAGAGGAAGGCUCUCUCAGUGCUUCCAGACAAGGCAUUGGCGCGUUUUCAGUUCCUUGAAGCGGUAGUUCGGCUGGCCUUUAAGAGGUUCUUGCGGGCCGGUCCUGCAAACUCCAGUGCUGAGGACAUGAAGGGAGCUAUUGAUGCUCUCCAGGAAGUUUUGCACUUGGGGGAAGAAUGCUUUGAGAAGCGUCGGACGCUACAUGAGUGCCUUUUUACAGAAGAGUGCUGCCUGGUGUAUCGAGACUUCCAGGAACACCUCAAGGUCAUCUACGAAGGCUUUACGAGUGUUAGCUCGUACCCGGGACGCCGUGGUAGAAUCCUUUCCUUUGGUGGUUGGCUCACAUUGUGCGGUCAAGCUAUGCCAGAGGAGCCAUCAACACGGCUCUUUCGUGAAGCUUUUGCUUUGGGCCGUGAGAUCAGAGUCGAUGAGACUUCGCACUAUAGGCACAUGGAGCUUGCCUGGCCAGAGUUCUUGGUCUCCCUGGGUGCUUUGCAGCGGCUGCAGCCUGACUAUGAUCCCGAGUUCUUUGCAGACAGCCUCUCCACCUUCUUUCAGACGCUGAUAGCUUUGAGUGACAGCUUGCUGGCGGGCAACCCAGCAACUGCAGGCCGCAAGGUUGGGAAUUCCAAGGAUCAGGCGCUGCUGCAGCUCAUUGCACACAUCUUUCAGGAAGCUGACGAUGAUGAGACAGGAACUAUCGAUGAAACUGAGUUCCGGACCUUCUUUGAACAACCGAAGGUGCACGAGCAGCUAAAGGAGCAUGGCAUCUCCAUGUCCAACCUCAACAUGAUCUUCAAAUCGAUGGAUGCAGAUGGUCAAGGACUGCUCACGUUCGACGAGCUUUGUGACGGCUUUUUGAAGAUGGCAUCCAUCAUGAGGAGCAAUGAGCGUGCGAUCUCAUACAUCCGCAAGGUGUUUGCAGAAUCUGAUGAAGAUGGUUCUGGCACGCUGAACAAGGAGGAGUUCAACCACAUUUUUGACGAGCCGUCUGUCAAGAAAAAGAUGGAGUCUUUUGGCAUUUUCGCUACUGAUUUAGAGGACCUCUUCUCGCUGAUUGAUGAGGACGGCAGUGGCCAAGUCUCAGAAGAUGAAGUCGUGGCAGGUUUCGUCAUGCUGCGAGAUCCCAAGACUGCCGGUGAACGCGGUGUUGCAAUACUCAGCAAAAUCUUCGAAGAGGCAGACUAUGAUGGCAGCGGAUCGCUGGACAAGUUUGAGUACGUCACAGCCUUUUCCGAAGAGCAUGUCACGCAACAACUUCUUGCCAGAAACCUUAAGGUGCCAGAUUGGGAAGGUCUCUUCGAAGUGCUGGAUGCAGACGGCAGUGGUACCCUCCAAUGGGACGAACUACGGGAAGGACUUGUCUCAUUUUGGGCUCGCCACCAGAUGGACGAGAUCCGAAAGUAGGCAGUGCACAGCAUUUCCCAUACCGCCUAUACCGCCUAUACCUUCACUAUCCUUCACUGCCAUCGAGAUGUGGAGAACACAAUCAGGUCAGAGAAGGCAAGCACGUCUCCGGCAUCACUGGUCUGAGGGUUGUCUACAUUGUAGAGGUCAGACAAGAGAGAGAGAGAGAGAGCAAAGAUGGUC